UGCAAGUUCAAUCGUAAUAAAUCACAUAAAAGCGUCACCUUGGGGCCAAAAGCGUACGUGUUUAUCAGGCUCCGGGGUUCUGUUGAUCGUUCCCGGGAUGCAGACCAGUCCAACCGGUUCUGGUCUUCUCUCCGGGUGAGGUUGGGGAGUCGCUACUACUGAGGUUGCGCUGUUGGAAGCCACUACUUUCUUGCUGCUACGCCCCAAACUACGGGGGAAAAACAACCACUAGCUGUAGAUCUGUACACCCUGCCCGGACUGGAUUUAAAAGCAGUCACAUCCAGCUGCAGCUCCGCAACGAGGAACCACAGAAGCGUAAUCUUUUUUUCACACCGAGAAGGAGCAAAUUUCUUCCCGCAAAGGCAGGAGGCCGCCGCUGGAGAAGCCGACCGUGUGUCUGGAGCAGACUAGCUAAACAGAAACCACGAUAUCCAGGCCGCUUUGGUGUUUGCUCACUUCACGGCUGUUUUGACAUCAUAUUACGGUGUUACAACCGCCACAGCCGUGAUUUCAGUCUCCCUCGGCCAUGCGAGGAGCUCGGAUCUCCGCAGAGGAAUGCGCCGCCUGCUCCCUGGCGUUAGCUUCAGCCGCGGCUCCAUGGCCAACAGUAACAACAUGCUCCUGGCCUCUGCCGUGGUGGUGUGGGAAUGGCUGAACGAGCACGGCCGGUGGCGGCCCUACAGCCCCGCCGUCUCCCACCAGAUAGAGGCGGCCAUCCGGAGCAGCGACCCCCGCGGAGGGAGCGUGGUCCUCGGCCAGGUGGACAGCCGGCUCUCGCCAUACAUCAUAGACCUCCAGUCCAUGCACCAGUUCAGACAGGACACUGGAACCAUCCGUCCGGUGCGGAGGAGUUUUUAUGAUCCAGGCUCGGCCCCGGGUCAGGGCUGGCAGUGGGAGUGGGAAAACGAUGCAGGCACGUGGACACCGUAUGACAUGGAGGUGGCCAUCGCCAUCGAGAGCGCCCACAACCGCCAGCAGCCCUGCCUCGACCUGACACCGCUCGGCUUCUGCUACCUCAUUGAUUUCCAGAACAUGACACAGGUGAACAGACAGAGCCAAAGGUGUCGGAGGAUCCAGAGGCGUGCUGACAUGGCCUAUCCUUUAGUGUCCGGUCCUCUCCCGGUCCCUAAAGGAGGAGGUGUAGGCGGGAGUGGAGGCCUGACAGGAGCUUUGCUGGGCGUUGGGGUGUCUGGGGCCAGCAUGGGGAUCUCAGGCUCUGUCUACUCCAAUGGAGGCUUACCGGCUGCCGGACUGGGUCAGCCAUGCUCCUGCCAGCAAUGCAUGCUGGUCCUCAGUGUGAAGACCAACACCGGAGGGACAGUGGGAGGAGGAGCAGGGAUACAGACUCUGAGCAGACGCUCGCUGACCAUACAGCGGCCCAAGACCUCAGCACUCACCGCCUCCAAACCUCUCAGUCCCUCUAAAUCGGCCACUCUGGGACGAGGACAGCAGCAGAACUCCAACUCCAACUCCAACUACUACCAGACGCUGCCGCACGGCCUCGCCAUCUCCAAAACGGCCUCUCCGAGAAGGAACGCCCAGCUCUUCGCUCAGUCGCUGGCUGCCCUCACCGCCGGCACCUCCUCUAUGGGCAUCUCUGUGUCUUCCAACAGGCCGCCUCCCCCAUCCCUGCCUCCCCCUCAGCCGCCGUCAUCCAACCCGAGUCUGAACCCUCCGUCCGUCCCGCCCAAACAUUCCUCAUCCUCAGCCAACGAAUCAGUGCCAACCGCCAUGCUGAUAACCCCUGCCAACAGCGUGACCACGCCCCCUUCUCCCGUGCCAUCUCCGUCGCCGGUGGUGAUGAAGCCGCAGCGCACGCCGUCGUCCGCAGCAACAGUGUGCCAUGCCCCGUUACCACAGCGAUCGAGCCUAGCCGGGCUUAGCAGACCAGCGUUACAGAGGAUUGCUAUGGCUCAGUCCAGAGCGCUCAUAGCAUCAGGUGUGCCCACCGUCCCAGUGAAGAACCUCAAUGGAUCCAGCCCUGUUCACCCUGCACUGGCCGGGAUCACGGGAAUCCUGAUGAGUGCCGCCGCUCUGCCCGUCUGUCUGACCAGGCCUCCGAAGCUCGUGCUGCAUCCUCCACCUGUCAGCAAGAGCGACAUCAAACCGGUGCCAGGCUUCGGCCACUGCUGCAGAAAGACCACCAAGAAGCAGGCUCGCAAGGGUAAAACUCCAGAGGAGGUGGUAAAGAAGUAUCUGCAGAAAGUGAAAAGUCCACCAGAGGAGGACUGUACCAUCUGUAUGGAGCCACUGGGGGGUCCGUCUGGAUAUAAGGGCCCAGGGGUGGGGCCUGUUUCCAGGGCGGAAUCCGUCGGACGACUAGCACAGUGUGGACACCAGUACCAUUUCCAGUGUCUGGUGGCCAUGUACAAUAAUGGCAACAAGGACGGCAGUCUUCAGUGUCCCACCUGUAAAACCAUCUACGGCGUGAAGACGGGCAACCAGCCGGCGGGGAAGAUGGAGUACCACGUCAUCCCUCACUCUCUACCAGGACACCCCGACUGCAAAACCAUACGCAUCAUCUACAACAUCCCACCAGGCAUUCAGGGACCAGAGCAUCCGAACCCAGGGAAGCCCUUCACUGCCAGAGGCUUUCCCCGACACUGCUACCUCCCAGACAGCGAGAAAGGACGCAAGGUACUCAGACUGCUCCUGGUAGCGUGGGACCGCCGGUUGAUCUUCUCAGUUGGUACUUCGAGCACUACAGGAGAGUCCGACACCGUCAUCUGGAACGAGGUCCAUCAUAAGACAGAGUUUGGCUCCAACCUGACGGGCCACGGCUUCCCCGACCCCGGACACCUCGACAACGUCCUGGAAGAGCUCCGAGCUCAAGGCAUCACGGAGGACGACGGCCUGAUGGAAAAGUGAAAGCUACGACCAGCGGAGACGGAGGAGACGCCAGCGAGAGAGCAGCAAAGAGUGGAAGCAGAGGAGCAGGGAAAAAGAGGAGGUCCUGGACUGAGAGACUCUCUGCCAGCACUUAGAGGGACGUUUAGAAGAUUUUGUUUUGCAGAGGCAACCACUUACUGAGACGUCAUUGCCGGGGUCGCCUGUCAAUGCGAGUCUGUCCGCAGUUUUAUAAGCAUCAACAGAAGUGGGUGGAAGUUUGAGGAAGCAGCAACAGCAGCAGCUCAGAAAGAAAAACCAGAAGACAAAAACAAGGUUUUAGCUAGGUACUAAAUGACAACUGUGAGAGUGAAUUGGUACUAAUACUUAGGACAAAAACAAGUUUACUUUACUGGAAGAAAGAAUGAUUUAAAAAGGUGGAAUAACGUUAGAGCAGUUCAUUAAAAACAGGGAGAGAAAGGACAAAGAGGAGAAGAAGUCGGGAGUGAUUGGGGGAGGAAACUGGAGAGAGAAGAGCAGAAAGAGAGGAAGAUGGUGUAUGAAUGUAAUGUAGGAUAGGAGUAGAGUAAAACUAACCUGUAUGGUGCUUUCCAGGUACUUGAGCUAUCAAUAAAAACACAAAGAGUCAUGAAAGGAGACAGACAGACAGACUGAGAGCUCGCUUUGUUCAAACCACCUGUUUGUUUGUGGUUGUUGCGCCCUCUUGUGGGUUUUCUGAUUAACUACAUCAGCCUGCAAGCUGCUGGAAAAAACACGACUAUCCCUUUGAGUUAUCCACCUGUGUUACUUUUUUAUCAUCGUUACUAUAACCCUCAUUUAACGUCAUUCCAUACUUUACCUCUCGUUGGGUUUUAUAUGAGCUCUAUGUUUAUGGCUGUGUGUGAAAUGACAAAAGACCAAACCGAGGCCUCGUCUUUCGGGGCCCAUUUGGAGUCUUACUGUUGAGCCACUGUGGUACAAGUUAACCUUAGAUGCACAGGUACCAGUGUUCUUUAUUUGAUUUUGUAGGUUUUGAUGAAGCCGUUUUCCACUGCAGGAACUUUCUAGAGCGGCGCGAACCUUUGAGUUUGUUCCAACAGCAGGAAGAGGCUGUUUUCAUGGGGGAAUAAACAUACCUCCUCCAGGUACCUCUGAGCAGCCCUGACAGAACUGUUGUGUGGGGCUCGAUGCUGAUUGAUUGAACUCUGAGAGGACAACGAAUGCCAAUUUUCCGCCUUGUCAAUGUCCUCGUCGAGCAGCAGUUUUCACUAGUAUCAUUGUCAAGACCUCCAUUGUUCUGUUUCCCACAUAGAACCGCAGUUAUUAUUUUCGCUGUUUGGACAAACUCAAAGUCGCCGCCGAAUGUUUCAGUGGAUGGAGGUGCUGUUGGUGUUGGUUUCUCUGCCAGAAAUCCCCUCAGACUGAGCAGUGGGUUUAGACAGUUUGGUGGUAAGAGGAUGGAGAGGACAAAUCCAGAGCAGGAGAAAACACAAACAGAGAAACUCGCACGAAAAAACUGCGAAAAACUGGGACUGAUCCAACUUUAAAGGAUUAUUCUGGUUUAUUUUGUAACAAUGUGUCUGUUGUGUCUUCACCGUUAUUGUGGAAAUUCAAUGAAAUUGAGACACAACUUUGUAUAUUAUGGCCAAAAUCUCCCUGAUGACUCCAAGUUUGUUUGUAAACUACACAAACCUGUCCUAAAUUACUAAAACUUUGUGUCUUAUUACAAUAAAUUAUCUACAAUGAGUCAAAUGGUUUAUUAAAAUGACAAAAAACUGACCUAAAGGACUCAAAACAUGUUGACAGGAAUUAUUCAAAAUGAGUCUAAAUUUGUUGUAAAUUACUUAAAAUUUAUGACAAAAACCCGGCCUGAGUGGCUCACAAGUUGUCUAAAAUGACAAAAGACUCAGAAUUUAUUUGAGAUGACAGGUUGUCUAAAAUGAUUUAAAAAAAUUAUCCAAAAUAAGUAAAAUGUUUUAUUAAAAUAACAAAAACAUGGCGUAAGUGACUCGAAACAUAUCUAACAAUGCAGGUAUUAUUCAAAAUGAGUCCAAAAUGGUUUUAAAUUACUUAAAAUUUAUUGAAAUGACAAAAACCUGACCUGAGAGGCUCAAAGGUUGUCUAAAAUGAAGCUAAGAUUUGUUUGAAAUGACCAAUAUCUGUCCUAAAUUACUUGAACCUUUUCUAAAUUGAUGAAAAAAUAAUAAUCCAAAAUGACUCAAACAUUAUUUGAAAUAACUCAAAAUUCAGUUGAAAUGACACAAGCUUGUCCUAAAUUACUCGAAGCUUAUCUAAAAGGACAAAGUGAGUCCAAAUUGGUUGAAAACGGCUCAGAAUGACCUGUUCUAAAUCACUUGGAACUUGUCUAAAAUUACAAAAAUCGAUCCAAAAAAGGCAAAAUGUAGAAAGGGUCUCCAAAUUUGUCCAAAAUAACACUUUUUUUUUCUUUUUUGUUAGAGCAAAACGCUAAAGCAAUGGUGCAUUCCACAGCAACUGGAAAAAUUGGAUCUUCUGAUAUCUGACAAGGAAAAAAAGUUGAAUAAAUUGCAUGUAAAUACAGUUUCUGUAUUUUUAAUGUGUCUGAAACCUCUGACAACGCAGGUUUUAAGCCUUUAUCACUUCUGUUCUGAUGAAGUGCACGUUUGCUCAUGAGAAUUUAGAAGAUUCACAUUAGGAGGUCUUUAAUUUAUCACCACUCGAUAAGCAGAUCGAUGUUCUUCAGUCAUCCACUCUCCUGCUCUUACCUCUGCUCCCACCGACUGAAAACCCGCCGCCCAGCCUCUGAGUCGGGUCAGUAAAUGAUGUUUUAUCACCGUGUUUACUACCAACAAGCUCCCAGUCCAGGCUUUACUUUGGUACUCAUCCCUCCACUGAUGAUGAUGAUGAUGAUGGUACUCCCUUCUUUAUUAUGUUCUUCUUUAUGAAAUGUAGUCACACUUUUGCUUUUUAUUAGCAUAUUUUUGACACUAUCAUAGAAUAAAUUGCCUUUUUUCAUUUUGUACAUUUAUGUCUUAAUAAUUAUGCCCUUUUUCAUUUGUUACAGUUUGUUUACAAAGACAGUAUUAUUAAAUACCGUGUCUUUAAUUUUCUCUGUGUACAGACGUUAAGCUGAUUUGCAUCGUCUUUUCUUUGGAAAAGGAAUUUGAUGGUAGACUUUUAUCUGAGUGUGAGAUGUACUGAACUACAAUAGAAAGCCAAACCCUGAGACACUUGCUGUUCUGUUAAUCUUUUCUGCACGGAGCCUUUGCGACCUUGGAAGGUUCCACAGAAGUUUUGUAGAUGGAUAUUUUACAUCCAGCAAAUAAAAAAAAUAAAAAAACACCUUGUAAAAUGUUUUUAAAAUCACAACUUCCUCUUGUGUUGUUGCAGUUUUCUUGCAGAAACUGCCCAAAGAGAAAGUGGAGAAACACUGAUUUUGUAUGAUCAGUUCAUCCAAUUGAUCCUAAUUUGUCUUUUUGCUAUUAAAAGAAUGGCUUUAAAUAAAAUAUCACUAGUUUUAUUGCUGUUUCUCUUAAAGUGGGUCUCGACUAAGCUACGAUUCAACAUUUCUGUUUAAAAUGUGCAUUUGUUUUUGCCAUCACCUUGUCCCAUCCUGGCUGGAGGUUCCAAAUGUCCGGGGACACCGGCCCUCUAUGUCAGCAUGUCUGUGAGGAGAGGGUGGGAGUAAUGUGACCAUGGGUGCUGGUACAGGAGAAACAGAGUAUCAGAACAUGAUAAGCAAAGUGUAAAUACUGCAAAAAUAAUUGCUGGAGUAUGAAUGAUUAAUACAUGACAAUUAAAAAAAUAAAGAAUGGAUGAAACUUG